CUUUCACAUAGUUGAUAGAGAUGGAAUAUGUAAGCCCUGAAGGACUUCGAUUAGAUGGUCGCCGCCCUGUGGAAAUGAGGCAACUACGAGCUGAGAUUGGUGUCGUUGCCAAAGCAGAUGGUUCUGCUAUGUUUGAGAUGGGUAACACAAAAGUUAUUGCCGCUGUCUAUGGCCCUAGAGAGGUUCAAAAUAGGAGCCAGCAAAUUACUGACCAAGCACUGGUGCGCUGUGAGUACAGUAUGGCUAAUUUUAGUACUGGAGAUCGUAUGAGAAAACCGAAGGGUGACAGGCGAUCAACAGAGAUAUCUCUUGUUAUUCGUCAGACAAUGGAAGCAUGCAUAUUGACCAAUUUAAUGCCUCGUUCUCAGAUAGAUAUUUUUGUACAAGUUCUACAAGCAGAUGGAGGAACUCGAUCUGCAUGUAUUAAUGCUGCAACAUUAGCUCUUGCAGAUGCUGGGAUUCCAAUGCAUGAUAUUGUUACCUCUUGUAGUGCUGGAUACCUCAAUAGUAUUCCUCUUCUUGAUUUGAAUUAUGUUGAAGAUAGUGCUGGAGGUCCUGAUGUCACUGUAGGCAUUCUACCUACAUUGGACAAAGUUACUCUCCUUCAGAUGGAUGCUAAGUUACCAACUGAUACAUUUGAAGAUGUCAUGCAACUUGCUACUGAAGGCUGCAAGGCAGUAGCAAAUUAUAUUCGAGAAGUACUACUAGAGAAUACCAAGCAGCUAGAGUGUCGCCGAGGUUCAUAAUUGAUAAUUACAGUGGGUAAUUUAUUCCUGGAUUCUGUAGACUGGCGUAGUCAUUCUUGAACUUGGAAUCAUACCAUUUUUACAGGGUGAUA